AAGAACAUCUGGAAAUUAAAACUGCCCAAUUCAUUCUCGAGCGGAGCUUUUUUUAACAUAUCCUCUAAAAAACUGCUACGUUUCCACAGGAAUUUCUCAACUAGAGCUUUCAAUUCUCUGUUCAAACCAAAAUUAGGGUUUUGCAAUUGCAGCUGACCUUAGCUGUUGAUGUUUGUGUUUUGAGCGUAAAAUAAGAGAUGGACAAGCUGAAAUUAUCUGAAUGGGGUGAACUGUUGAAGACUGGUGGGGCUCAAAUGAGUCGACUUGUAAGUGGUAAGGUGAAAGAAAUGCUGCAAACCCCAACGCCUGAAUCGAAGAUGGUCGAUGAAGCUACGUUAGAGACAAUGGAGGAGCCUAACUGGGGUUUGAAUUUGAGGAUAUGUGCGAUGAUCAAUAGCCAAGAGUUUAGUGGUACUGAGAUUGUUAAGGCUAUAAAGAGGAAGUUUUCGGGAAAUAGUGUGGUGAGCCAAAGGCUGAGUCUUGAUUUGUUGGAGGCAUGUACUUCGAAUUGUGAGAAGGUGUUCUCUGAGGUGGCGUCUGAGAAGGUGUUGGAUGAGAUGGCUAGGAUGAUUGAGAAUCCGCAGACGGAUCAGGGGAAUCGUGAUCGAGCUUUGCAGUUGAUUAGGGCUUGGGGAGAGUCUGAGGAUCUUGAGUAUCUGCCUGUCUUUCAUCAGACUUAUAUGAGCUUAAAAGAAAGAAGUCUGCCUCCACCACCAGUUGAAGAUGGUAGUCCAUUCCCCAUGCAGUAUUCAUUGGAGUCGUUUGUUCACCAGGAACCGUUGUCACCUCCUGGAAACUAUCCUAUUCCUGACAUGGGAUUGCAUGGUGCAGAUCAUAAUACUCUUCCAUAUAACUUUGGGGGGUUAUCAAUUAAGGAAAAGAAUGAAACGCUUGUAACAACUCGGAACAGUCUGGAACUUCUUUCUAGUAUUUUGAAAGCUGAAACUGAGCCAAAACCCAUUAAGGAAGAUCUGACGGUUAGCUUGUUGGACAAGUGCAAGCAGUCACAGCCUGACAUUCAGAGGAUCAUAGAAAGCACCACUGAUGACGAGGCAAUGCUUUUUGAAGCCUUGAAUCUCCAUGAUGAGCUCCAGCAAGUCAUUUCCCAGUACGAGGAGUUAGAAGCUGGUAUAAAAUCUAGAGAGCAGCUGCCUGAAAGUUCUGACAACAAUGCGGCCAGUAUGUUACCUGCUCAACUUGGACAUCAAAAUGAAACCAAAAUAGCAGAUUAUCCCAUUGGGGCCAAUAUGUUGGCCGCUCAAGGUGGACAUAAAAAUGAAACCAAGAUAACAGAUUCUCCCAUUGGGGCCAAUAUGUUGCUUGCUGAAAUUGAACAUCAUGAUAAAAACAAGACAGCAGAUUCCUACAAAGGAGAGAGUACAGAAUCUAGCAGUGCGAAGAAAAUUGAUGAAGGAGAAUUCAGUGAUUGAAGUGCUGUAUGCAGGGUUUGUUAAAAUGCACGUUUCGACUGUACUUUCUCUAAUCAUCGAUUUCAUGUGUACAAAUAAUUUGUUCUUUCCUUCUGUGUAGUGAUAAAUAAAUAAUCGAGCUGUUUCAGUUAGCUGAGAGAUUUUAUGUAAUUGAGUUUGUUAUACUUAUCUUCCUCAUUCUUUUCCUGGGAAUGAGUUCUUGGUUUUGUA